AUGUCAAAGACAAACGCUGCGACGGGGGAGACUAAGCUACAGCUUGCAUAUUUUACAUCUUUUGUAGAGAUUGUCUUUCAAGAUACCGAACGAGAAGAGCUUUAUCAGAAAUGUGUUGACAAAAUGAUGGAGAGCUUGGCAAAGUUUACAAGAGAGGGAAGCGGUUGGGUUGUACAUUCGAUUGCGGGGUUGGAUUUGCACACGGUGGAAUACACUUCUUUGGAAGGCUCUUCAUACAUUAAGCUAUCACCAUAUCUCGCAAAUAAGAAGGCCAUCAUAAACAUGAAGAAUGGGGAUGAUGAAUGUUUCAAAUGGUGUGUCACGAGAGCGUUGAAUCCUGUUCAGAAUCAUGCUGAGCGUAUCACAAAGAUUUUGAGAAAGCAGGCAGAAAAAUUAAAGUGGGAUGGAAUUAAGUUUCCGAUGGAGGUGAAGAGCAUUCACCGUUUUGAAAAGUUGAAUCCAGGUAUCGCUAUCAACGUUUACAUGUAUGAAGAUAGACUCCAACCCUUGAGAGUUAGCAAGAUCGAGAAGAUUAAUACUCAUAUUGAUCUUCUUCACAUCUCUGAUGGUGAGAAAAAGCAUUACUGUCUCAUCAAAUCAUUGAGUCGACUCGUAUCAAGUCAAUUGUCGAAAAAUGGACAUAAGAAGUUUAUCUGUAGAAGAUGUCUCAAUUUUUUCGGUUCUCAGAAACUUCUUAACACACACGACGAGUUGUGUCGAGAACAUGAGGCUGUGAGAGAGAGGAUGCCACCUUCUGAAUCUUUUCUCUUUUUCAAAAACCAUCACAAAAAGAUGGAUAUGCCGUUCGUCAUCUAUGCCGAUUUUGAAUCGAUCAACAAACCCUUGCACUCCGUUCAACCGAAUCCUAAAGAGUGUUACACUGAAAAGAAGCGACAACAUAUUCCAGUAAGUUUUUGCUACUAUAUUAAGUGUUCAUUUGACGAUAAACACUCAAAAAAGGUUGAGUACACAGCAAAGUCUGAAGAUGAAGAUGUUGCACAGAUAUUUGUCAACAUGCUUGAAGAAGAGGUAAAAGCGAUAUACAAAAAUCAUCCUCCAAAAAAGAUGAUCUUCACAGACGGUGAUGCUAAAAUCUUUGAAAAAGCAACGUGUUGUUGGAUAUGCGAAGAAGAUUUCAUGGCGGGAGAGGAAAAAGUUCGUGAUCAUUGUCAUUAUACAGGUAAAUUUCGAGGGGCUGCACAUGACGAAUGCAACCUGAAAUUCCGACGACCAAAAUUCACACCCGUCAUCUUUCACAACUUGGCAAACUAUGACGCUCAUCUCUUUGUGAGAAAUCUCGGCGUCUCAGAGGGAAACAUUGAUUGCAUACCAAACAAUGAAGAAAAAUAUAUCAGCUUCACAAAACAUAUUGUGGUUGAUAGAUUUUUCGAUAAAAAGAAAGACAAAGACGUUGAGGUCAAGAGAGAGUUGAGAUUUAUCGAUAGCUUCAAAUUCAUGCCUUCCAAGCUUGACGAGCUUGUUAACAACCUUGCUAAAAAGGGUGAGUCUUUUUUUCAAAAUACAGGAAAAUAUUAUCAUGGAGAGAAGCUUAAACUGUUGAUGAGAAAGGGUGUUUAUCCUUAUGAAUGGAUGGAUUCUAUAUACAAGCUUGAUGAGACUGAGCUUCCACCGAGAUCUUGUCAUUAUUCUACUCUCAGUGGAGAAGGAAUAUCAGAUGAAGCUGAUGAACAUAGACACAAAGUAUGGAAAACAUUUGGAAUGAAGAUAUUCAGAGACUAUCACAAUCUUUACAAUCGAAGUGAUGUUCUUUUGCUCGCCGAUGUUUUUGAGAACUUUCGAAAGGUUUGCAAGGAGAACUACAAUCUCGAUCCUUGUUGGUACUACACCGCACCGGGGUUGGCUUGGGAUGCUUGUCUCAAACUGACUAAAAUAGAGCUUGAGUUGUUGAGUGAUAUAAACAUGUUGCAUAUGUUUGAGAAAGGUAUUCGUGGCGGUAUCUCAAUGAUUCCAACACGACACUCAAAAGCCAACAAUAAAUACAUGGGAGAGAGGUUUGAUAAGAGCGAACCUUCAAAGUUCAUCACGUAUCUCGAUGCAAACAACCUCUACGGUUGGGCGAUGAGUAAGAAUCUACCGACAGGUGGUUUUGAAUGGGUUGAUGAAAAAGACUUUGGGGGGUGGGAGAAUUUUCCCUGCAUUCUUGAGGUUGAUAUACUCCCCAUGGAGAAAGAUUUAUACGAUCACUUCAACCACUACCCUCUCGCUCCUGAGAAUCUGUUGGUUAAUAAAGUGAAAAAGCUGCUAUGUACCUUUUAUGGUAAAAAGAAGUACAUCAUACACCAUGAGACUCUGAAGCUUUACAAAUCUCUUGGAAUAAAGAUUGGAAAGAUUCACCGCGUCAUCAGAUUUGAAGAAAGUCCUUGGAUGAAAAAGUAUAUCGAUCUCAACACAUCUUUGAGAGCCAAGGCCGAUAACGAUUUUGAGAAAGAUUUUUUCAAACGCAUGAACAACUCUGUAUAUGGCAAGACGAUGGAGAUCAUUCGGAAACGAGUCGAUAUAAGACUUGUCAACUCAGAAGGUAAGGCGAAGAAGUUGGCAAAUAAAGUGAACUUCAAACAUUGCACCAUAUUUUCCGAGAAUCUCUGCGCGUUUCAUAUGGGAAAGACACAAAUUUACUUUAACAAACCUGUCUAUCUCGGAAUGUGUAUCCUCGAUCUCAGCAAGACUCUGAUGUACGACUUUCAUUACAAUUACAUCAAACCAAAAUACGGAGACAGAGCAAAGCUUCUUUUCACCGAUACAGACAGUCUCUGCUAUGAGAUUCAGACUGAAAAUUUUUAUAAAGAUAUUAUCGAUGACGUGGAUCGUCUGUUUGACACGAGCAGCAUUCCGAAAGAUCAUCCGUCUGGAAUACCGAGUGGGUAA